CCCACAAGACAAAACGUCUUAUUUUUGGCGUCCUUUUGGACAUGGCGGUGACUCUUUCCCCUUUCCAAAUUUGAGAGGAUUACGCGAGGAACCAUGACGUCGGGCCAAGAUGAAAGUUCGGUUCGUGUGGCGUUGAGGGAAUUUCCACUGAUCCCCGAGUCCUCGUCAGUUGUUUUUGGAAAAAGUGGCGUCCAAACAAACAAGGAUCCGUCCACAAUUAGCACGGGAGAAGAUCGAAGGAUGCCACAUCUGCACGUACGUGAUGCCCGGCGAGCCUCAAGUCAUUCUCGGCAAGGACAAAUCCUUCACGUACGACUAUGUGUUCGACAUGGACUCGCAGCAGGAUGCCAUCUACCAAACAUGCACCGAAAAGCUGAUCGAGGGCUGCUUUGAAGGAUACAACGCCACCGUCUUCGCCUACGGACAGACUGGUUCCGGUAAGACGUAUACCAUGGGUACGGGCUUCGACGUCAACAUCACCGACGACGAGCUGGGCAUCAUCCCCCGGGCCGUCCACCACCUCUUCCGGGGCAUCGAGCGGCGCCGGCAGGCCGCGCAGGAACAGGGACGCCCCGCGCCAGAGUUUAAGAUCAACGCUCAAUUCUUGGAGCUAUAUAACGAGGAAGUUCUGGAUCUGUUUGACUCGGUGCGGGAUGGGAAGCAGAAAUCUCACAUCAGGAUCCAUGAGGAUGCCAACGGGGGCAUCUACACCGUGGGUGUGACCACACGCACUGUGUCCUCUGAGGCCGAGAUGAUGCAGUGCCUGAAGCUGGGCGCUCUGUCUCGCACCACCGCCAGCACGCAGAUGAAUGUCCAGAGCUCUCGCUCGCACGCCAUAUUCACCAUCCACUUGUGCCAAGUCAGAGUCUGUGCCUCCCCCGACAAUCAGGAAGACGGCGACAAUCGGGUCUCCAAUGGCAACGGAGACAUGGACGAGUAUGAGACGCUCAGUGCCAAAUUUCACUUUGUGGACUUGGCCGGGUCCGAGAGGCUCAAGAGGACAGGCGCCACUGGAGACCGAGCCAAAGAGGGCAUCUCCAUCAACUGUGGACUGCUGGCUCUGGGGAAUGUCAUCAGCGCUUUGGGCGACCGCAGCAAGCGAGCCUCACACGUGCCUUACAGAGACUCCAAACUGACUCGACUUCUGCAGGACUCCUUGGGAGGAAACAGCCAAACAGUGAUGAUUGCCUGCAUCAGCCCGUCCGACCGCGACUUCAUGGAGACACUCAACACACUCAAGUAUGCCAACCGCGCCCGCAACAUCAAGAACAAGGUGAUGGUGAACCAGGACAAAGCCAGCCAGCAGAUCAGCGCGCUCAGGACGGAGAUCGCCAGGCUGCAGAUGGAACUCAUGGAGUACAAGACGGGUAAACGCCUGGCGGGUCAGGAUGGUGUGGAGAGCUUUAGCGACAUGUUCCAUGAGAACACCAUGCUGCAGACGGAGAAUGGCAACUUGCGUGUGCGGGUGAAGGCCAUGCAGGAGACCAUCGACGCCCAGAGGGCGCGACUCACGCAGUUGCUCAGCGACCAGGCCAACCAGGCCCUUGCCAGGAUGGGCGAAGGAGGCACAGAGGAAAUUGGCAACAUGAUUCAGAGUUAUAUCAAGGAAAUUGAAGAACUCAGAGCCAAGCUUCUGGAGAGUGAGGCGGUGAACGAGAGCCUGCGCAAGAGCCUAUCUCGUGCCUCCAACCGCCAGGCCUUCUACGGCGGUCCUGGCUCCUUCUCCUCUUCCUCCACCGCCCCUGAGAAGGAGACAUCCGACAUCAUCGAGAUGGCCAAGAAGGACCUGGAGAAGCUGAAGAAGCGGGAGAAAAAGAAGAAGAAAAGACUCGAGCAGCUGUUGGAGGAGCGAGAGAGGAGGAGGGAGGAGGAGGAGGUGGUGGAGGAGGUUGUCGUCAGUGUAGGCAAGGAGGACAUUCCCGACAACGAGCAGGAGAAGAGCGGUGACAAGGAGAACUACGCCGAGCGAGCCAGCGAUGAUGCCGACAUGGACGCGCAGGAUGGCAGUGAGGAGGACGAAGAGGAGGAGGAGGAGGACAUGGAGGUGGAGGACAGCACAGACGAUUCUGACUCGGAAUCGGACGAGAAAGAGAACUUCCAGGCGGACCUGGCCAACAUCACGUGCGAGAUCGCCAUCAAGCAGAAGCUGAUCGACGAGCUGGAGAACAGCCAGCGCCGUCUGCACACGCUCAAGCAGCAGUAUGAGCAAAAGCUGAUGAUGUUGCAGUGCAAGAUCAGGGACACACAGCUGGAGCGAGACCGUGUGCUCCAGAACAUGAACUCUGUGGAAAGCGGCUCGGACGACAAGGCCCGCAAAAUCAAGACUGAGUAUGAGAGGAAGCUGAGCGUGAUGAACAAGGAGCUGCAGAAAUUGCAGUCGGCCCAGAAGGAACACGCCCGCCUGCUUAAAAACCAGUCGCAGUACGAGAAGCAGCUACGCAAGCUCCAGAUGGAUGUGGGCGAAAUGAAGAAGACGAAGGUUCGCCUCAUGAAGCAGAUGAAGGAGCAGCAGGAGAAGAAUCGCAUGAACGAGUCCCGCCGUAACCGCGAGAUCGCUUCCUUGAAGAAGGAUCAGCGCAAACAAGAGCACCAAUUGAAGCUACUGGAGGCUCAGAGGAGGCAGCAGGAGCUCAUCCUCAGGAGGAAGACGGAAGAGGUGACGGCACUAAGGAGGCAGGCCAGGCCCACCUCGGGGAAAGUCAUUCGGAAAAUCAACCUGCCAGAUCCCAACCAGGACUCGUCCCACCGUCCCCCCUCUGGACGCAUGUACUCUGGACACGGCGCUCCCAACGGCACCAGCAGGUCCUCUCCCAGGCGUGCCGGUGGAGUUUACUCCACCCGGAUGGCCCGCAACAAAUGGCAGUCUCUUGAGCGACGCAUCACUGACGUCAUCAUGCAGAGGAUGACUAUCUCCAACAUGGAGAAUGACAUGAACCGCCUCCUCAAGCAACGUGAGGAGCUGACCAAGCGCAAGGAGAAGGUCUUGAAGAAGCGAGAGCGCCUGGCCAGGGAAGGGUCCGAAGCAGAGAAGGCGGUGGUCCCGCUCAACGAGGAAGUGGACGCACUGGCUGCCAACAUUGACUACAUUAACGACAGCAUUGCAGACUGUCAGGCCAACAUCAUGCAAAUGGAGGAGACCAAGGAGGAAGGCGACACCGUGGAUGUCUCUGCAGUGAUUGGUUCCUGCACUCUGGCUGAGGCUCGUUUCCUGCUAGAUCACUUUAUGUCAAUGGCUAUAAACAAGGGUCUGCAGGCUGCCCAGAAGGAGUCCCAGGUGAAAGUCAUGGAGGGCCGCCUGAAGCAGACGGAGAUCACCAGCGCCACUCAAAAUCAGCUGCUCUUCCACAUGCUAAAGGAGAAGGCUGAGUUCAACCCAGAGCUGGACGCGCUGCUCGGCAACGCCCUGCAAGAACUAGGUAACGUGCCAUCUGAAAACGGCGACGACAGCAGCAGCGACGAGUCGGCUGCCAGCCCGUCCGCAGACGGAAACACUGUGCCGGAUCUCAUGAAGUUCUGCGGUGAGACCAAGUCCAGGAAUAAGGCCCGCCGGCGGACCACCACUCAGAUGGAGCUCCUUUAUGCCAACAGCGAGGCCGCCCCCGACACGGCCGAUUUCUCUGGCCCCUUGUUGCCGCUAGCAGAGACGCCAGACGGUGGCGGUGACUUUGCCGCGCUCUCGACAGGCUUCUCCUCCAAAAUGUACAGCGUUUCGGGCUCCAGAAAGCCAUCGGGUGCUGAAAACAGAGCUUCGCCGGCACCCUCACCACUCUCUCGCAGGAAGACGUAUGACAAGGCCCAAGCGGCAGGCGACAGGGCAAAGCUCAAGGAGAUUAAACAGGGCGUCAUUCAUCCAGUGACGUCCACCAAGAGUCGCUCAACCUCGCUGCUGCAGUGUGUCCAUGUGGCCGAGGGGCACAGCAAGGCCGUCCUCUGUGUCGACUGCACCGACGACCUGCUCUUCACCGGAUCCAAGGACCGCAGUUGUAAGGUGUGGAACCUGGUGACGGGUCAGGAAAUUAUGUCGCUUUCCGGACACCCCAACAACGUGGUGUCGGUGCGCUAUAGCUCCAGCCUGGUGUUCUCGGUCUCCACUUCCUACAUCAAAGUUUGGGACAUCCGCGACUCGGCCAAGUGCAUUCGGACGCUCUGCUCCUCCGGUCAGGUUAAUGUCGGCGACGUCUGUGCAUCCAACACCAGCCGGACGGUCACCAUCCCGGCAGGUGAAAACCUGAUCAACCAGAUAGCACUGAACCCCAACGGAACGGUCCUGUACGCCGCGGCCGGAAACUCGGUCAGAGUGUGGGAUCUACGAAGGUUUGCAUCCACUGGGAAACUCACCGGCCACCAAGGACCUGUUAUGUGUUUGACUGUGGACCAUUCGGGGAACAAUCAGGACGUGGUCAUCACUGGCUCCAAAGACCACUAUGUCAAGCUCUUUGACGUGAGUGAAGGCACCCUGGGAAGCAUCAGCCCGAUGCACAAUUUUGAGCCCCCCCACUAUGACGGGAUCGAGUCACUGGUAAUCCAGGGCGACUUCUUCUUUAGCGGCUCCCGUGACAACGGCAUCAAGAAGUGGGACCUGGACCGCAAGGACUUGCUGCAGCAAGUCCCGAACGCCCACCGUGACUGGGUGUGUGCCCUGGGCGUGGUCCCCGGCUCUCCAGCUCUCCUGAGUGGCUGUCGAGGAGGGGUGCUUAAACUGUGGCACACGGACACUCUGGCUGGACUGGGCGAGCUCAAGGGUCAUGACAGCCCCAUCAACGGCAUCUCCACAAACGCCAGCCAUUUGUUCACCGCCUCUGACGACCGGACAGUGAAGAUCUGGCGUGCACGCAGCGGCGGACUGGACGGCCCUUUCGAGGCGGUUGACAAUGCGGCAGACGAAGGUGGCGAGUAACUGAACACAUUCGCAGCACCUUCUGAUGGACACUGUUAUGAUGUGCACUUUGAUUCGCCCAAUGCUUCUCUCUAACCCCUAACACAGACAUACGGCCACUAAGCGAUACUCAUGGUUGCUUUAAGUACGUUUUCCGAACAUUAGCUAUUAUUAGUUGUAGUCUUGAAUGGAAGGUGUCGGGUUGCUAGCCGGUCUAAACAACCCGGCGCUGCGCUUCCUGUUGCUGGAUGUCCUCAAGUCACCACUUGUACAAGUGUCUUCAAAAAAGCCCCUUUAGUGUUCGUUUAAGCUUUGUGACAUACAUACAAGGCAUUUCAGUUAAUUAAGUGUUCAAAGGUGACAAUUGAUGCUGGAUGUGUCUUAUUUAUGUAACGUAGACGAGACUUGGUUGUGAGGUGCGCGGCCUUCAUGUUGCCAUGUAAUGCAAUCGGUCUUCUAUUCUUGGCACGUAAGUCUUAAAAAGUAGCUUUAUUUUAUUUUUUUAAGGAAGAAGCCAAUUAACACUAUAGGCUACAUACUUUGACUUGGUCAGCACUCCAAACACACGCGGACCCAGUACUUUUGCGUCCCACGACACUUAAUGUAUGUUGACAUGUUACACGGUUAUAUUCUCACUGCAAAGAUUACCACAUGGUCAAUGCUCACCCUGUGCAUGUGAUGUGGGCCCCGCACAUUUCGUGUACGAAUGUUAUUAACAUGGCCCGGGUUCACAACAUGUUAGCGUAUGUUGAUGCAGACCACGCUCACUACUACAUAUGCGUUAACUGACUUGUAUGUAUGUAUGUUGCAUUAGGCACUCUAGCUACAUGUUGACACGCUCUGCACUCUCUUCAUGUCUGUGAACACCACGCGUAUACGGACAUGCUUUGUACUCAUUAUAAAUACACAGCGGGGUCCGUGAUCAUUACACCUGCAGUUAGACACAGAGGCACACUUACUUGGUGUACAGUAUAAAGAUGGGGUCUGCAUUCACUUCAGGCGCAUUUGACCGCAUGUUCACCCUGAUGUUGUCACCUUGCUCACCCUUAUCAGAGUGCUUCUUGUCGCACACCGCAGGCGAGGCCCACUCGCAUAGCAAAGCACUGUUUAUGUCAUUUUAUGUCACAGAUCUUUUUUGUCGAGGUGAGGCCUUCAAAUUUCGUGAAUGUUUUGGUGAUGAUGACACUAACACGAAUGAAUGUUUUUUUUUUGGGACCACCGAUUGGAACCCUUCCUGCUGUGAUUUCAUUCAUUCAUGCUUAGAUUCUUAUUGUUGUUAACAGUCAGUUUCGGUCCCUGUUUGACAUAAUUCCGGACCUUUCCUCUCCUUUUGGAAUUGUAGAAGCCACCUUACAAAUGGCCGUCUCUGUAGCUAUUCUAAUGUCAGAUGAUGCCCAGUGAGAAUAAACGCCAUCUGUCAAAAAACAAAA